AUGUCCAAUAAAUAUUGUUUGCGAUUCCUCGACGAUGAGAGUGUCUGCCGUUCCAUUGUGGUCAUGUCUUUAUCGCUUCUUCGAUUAGGGCAGGUUCUGCACGGAAGGGUCGGAAGAUAUGUUAUUACGAAGGAAAUCCAACAGACCGUAUGGCUUGCAAAGAAUCAAAACGAGCAACCUGUGAUUGUGAAGGGAGUCCACGGCCACCCCCGGGUGGGUAACGAACGAGAUGUUCUGCAUCGCUUUCAAGGCCGAACCCCUUUCCUACGGCCUCUAGUCGAUGAGAUGGACGACCAAUCAGGUACACCGAUCAUUGCCUUGAAGUAUCUCGACGACCAGCUCCUAAACACCUCAAUCAGGAAGACGCUCAAUCGAAGGGAGCUCAAGUAUGUGUCCAGAUGUGUGCUGGAAGCAUUGAGCGUGAUCCAUGAAGACGGAUACGUGCACACAGAUGUCAAACUUGACAAUAUAUUUGUGAACUACAAAGCAGGCGAUAACCAUGAGAAUCGAUUUUCAGACGUCCAACUCGGCGACCUAGGCGGAAGUUGCCCUGGAGACUCGACGCUGGCGACAGAGGGCACUCCGGUCGGCGCGCCCAUGUGGAGCAGCCCCGAAGUCAUCAUGGAGACGCCCUGGAAUACGGCAACAGACAUUUGGUCGUUUGGAGCCGUACUAAUAAGCCUGAUCUAUGGCGGAGACUUCAACCUCUUCCGGCCCAAAACCGUGUCAUACGGCCAUGAGGAAUACGGCCUGGAGGUCUUGAAACAGCAGUUCCGCUUCUUUGGCCCGUUCCCAGUCAAGUACGAAGAAGUAGCAGGCCCGAUGACCGUAACAGCCAUCUUGUACCUUAUGCAUGAGAUCCCACAGUCGAAAACAACCCCUUUUCGCCUUAUCACCGAGCGAGAAGUGUGCAAGUCGGAUAAAGACUUUAUCGGGAGCAUCAUGAUGAUGGACUGGAGAGACAGGCCGACCGCGAAGAAGCUGCUCGACCAUCCGUGGCUUGCAAGUACUGACUGA